AGGUAACUAAAUUGCUGAGCCACAAUAGGUAGUUACCGGGACCCAUUCGGGUGGGUCAUGCUGCACGCCUCUGCGCACUCAUCCCAUUGGCCAGGAUCCAAGUGGGAGCUCAUCAGCCUCGCGAACGCUCAAAUGAGGUCGUCAUGAUCCUUCGCGCUCUUCAAAGACUAUUGUCCACCGUCGACCGGUCACGACUCAGCCCUAUCUUGGAGCCAAUUCCGUCCCUGACACCAAAUUUUGGAUUCUAUUACCGGUUCUUGGCCCGUUUCCUGCCAAUUGACUAGCUCAAAUUUUCGUGCCAUCAGUUCUGUUCCGAACCCGCGCCCCAGUGCAAUUGCCGGUAUAGUCACAGCUUUGCCAACCCGCCAAAGCGCACAUCAUGCCUCCCGAUUGGAAAUUGCUCUACCUUUACGGUGGCGACAACCCCUGGGACUCAAGUCUGUGGACCGAUUCAGAUGAUAGAGUACGUGGCGGUAAGAGCCAGUCUCAUUUGCACUGCGAAUCACCGGAGAAGGCUGAGUUCUUCGGCAACUUGGACAUCACCGCUCUGGGAGGAGCAGGAUUCGCGUCGCAGAGGACGCUCGGCACACUUGACCUAGACUUGAGUCAGUACGACGGGCUUGCUAUCAAGGUCUUGAAGAGCGAUUCCAAGAAGUACACAGUCACUAUCAAGGAUGAAAUCCUUCCUCCAAGAGAGGAUGGCCGCGACCAGAGCACCAUCAGCUGGGAGUUUGACUUUGUUCCCGAAGAGGGCGAAGUGAAGAUCCCGUGGGAGCAGUUCAAGGCAACCUACAGAGGCAGGGACAAACCUGAUGCCAAGCCACUGGACAUUGCCAACAUCAAGAGAAUCAGCUUCAUGAUGCGAAGCUUCUUCGGAACUCAGUCAGGUGAUUUCAGCUUCACUGUUGGCUACCUGGCGGCUUUCAGUAACCGUCGCGAGUCGUCGGGCUCCGAUGUUUCAUUUCAGAAGGAAUAUAUCGCUGCACCUGCACCGGCUAAGUCAUCAUCAUGGUUGAGUUGGCUUUGCGGAUGGGGGGAUAGACGAGUUUAAGAUGCCAAGGCGACUGCAAAGCUGGAUGGCAAGGCGCGCGGCUGGGUAGAAAUCACUAUUGUUAUUAGACAUCCC